CGAUAAACUAUCUCUCCUUCUUUUCUGUUUUAUCUCUCCAAAUGUGUGUGUGCAAAAUGCCGCUGUUCUGUGUAAUUUUAGUGUUGGCAAAUUUUUUUAAUUGUGUGAGUUUGGAACAUGUGUGGCAUUCUUAUCAAUACGAUCCCAACCACCAAAACCGUGAAGAACUCACAAUUACAAACAUCACAGCCGACGACCAAUUCAAGUUUAAUUAUGUUGCAAAAAGCUGGAAAAGUCUGUGUGAUGACCAGAUCUGUUACCUUGUUGGUUUUUCAAAUAAAAACGUGUUCAUUUCCCUUGUAACCCUCAACAAGGAGAAAAACGAAUUUUUGCAACAAAAGUCGCAAGAAAUUAAUUUUGAGGAAAAUAUCACCGACAUUGCAAUUUUCCAAAACUGGAACUCCAGUUUACAAGAUUUGGAAAUUGUUAUUGUGAUUGCGUUAACAACCGAACUGUUUUGGUAUAAAUUGGGCGAACCUGGCCCUUUUCUUUUUUGGGUUUGGCCCAUUAACAAAAAUAUAAGUCACAUCAACUUUUUCGAAAUCGAGUAUGACACUCACAUAUUGAUAAUAAACCAACAUUUUUCACAAACCACCGCCGAUUUGUAUCAAUUUGAACUAAAAGACUCGCCGAAUUUUUGGCUUCGCCAGAAAUUACAGUUGUCUGAUUUUGCACAAAGUUCAGCCGUGGUCACUUCAGGCCCUGAUUAUUUCAUGGCAAUUCCGCAAAAAUCGCUCAACCAGUUAUCAAUUUACAAAACGAGCGAUAAUCAUUUUAUUAGUUACAAAAAUUUAACCAGUGGUGGCAUUACUAGCGUUGUUUCUUUCACCUGUGGCCAUAAAUCAUUUUUUGCCAUCAACGGCAUGAAUGCGGGGAUUUACCGAUUGGUUAAAAGGGGUUUCCUGAAGGAGAAUCUGUCCAAUAGUCACUUCAGCGGAGUGAAUUUCUGGUUGCCUAUGGACUUGUCCGUUUACGGUGACGAUUUUAUGUUGAUUGCUCAACGUUCGCUGUUUCACGGAGGCCAUAAAUCUUUCGCCGUCGAAGUGAUUGCCUAUAAUGGGGAUAAAUUCGAGGAGCAUGAUGAUAUCCAUUGUUUGUAUUACGGGGAGGAGGUUUUGGGUUUAUCUUGUCUGCCGGACGAGGGUGGCAUUGAAGGCUCUGCUUUGAUAAACAUUGAUAAUAAUUUGGGUCUGGUGGUUCCGCGUAAAAAUCGCUCGAGCGAUUUGUUUUUGAUCAAAACUGAAAUUAGGCAAAUUCCGAACCCUCUUGACCAACAAUUACAAGAUCUAAUCAAGCGAAAAAAUGAAAUAAAUAAUUUGAUAAAUAUUCAAGAAGAAAGAUAUAACGAAUUGGUGGCAAAGUCACAACAGGUGUUUGAUUUGGAUUCAGUUAGCGCAAAAUUGGAUGAAAUGAAUGCAAAUGUUUUGAUUAUGAAAGAACAAAUCGAUUCGAGUCCGACGCAUUACACUUCGGUCAUUUUUAACAAUGUUGUUGAAAUCAAAAGUAACGUAACAGCUGGAGAAGUGCAAGUUGGGGAAAUAGGCGAAGAAUUGGCUAACACUCUUCUUGAAGAUAUUGUCUUGAGAGAUAACAUUGGGGUCAUUUCGGGCCCAAAAUUUAUCAAAAAUCUGGAAACUGAAGAUUUGCUUUUUGAAAAUAUCAACGGAAUUAACUCAAAUCAACUUCUUUACGAUAGUGAAAAUAUCACAAUUGAUGGCGAUUUGGUUUUAGAGAAUCAUUUAAUUGUGCGAGAUCUCACAACUGAUCAAGUAAAUGGAGCCAAAUUUGAGGACCAAGUUAUCAAUUUGGAGGCGCCUAUUGAUGAGGAAAUUAUUUUCGAAAAUGUGAAAACAGACAAAGCUGCUGUUCAAAAAUUAAACGACCACUUUAUUCCAACAGAGGCCCAAAUUAACGAGUCGGGUCAACUUGAAUUUGAGUCACUUUUCAUUCCGUUGAAUGUUACAGUUGAUCAAGUAAACGGCGAAAAUUUUGAUAGUUUUUUGAGCCAGUUAUGUCUCCGCAAUAUUAGGAAUUAUAUUCCCGGAUUAGUAAAUAUUGAAGGGGACGUAAUCGUUGAAGGAGACGCCAGAAUUGAAUAUUUAAACAAUUUGAAAUUCCCUUAUGAAUACGUUUUUACUGAUAACAUUUUUCCAAACAUUACCGGGGUUAAAACAUUCAACAAAUUGGUAACGUCUGAAGUCAAUUGCGAGGGAACGAUCAAUGGCAUCAAUACAUCACAAUUUAUAACUCGCACCACUGACCAAAGCAUACCACAAACUACAACUUUCAAAAACCUGAAAAUAACAGAAAGUCUGAACGUUGACGGUGAAAUAAUAGGCGAACAUGCGAGUAAAUUCCUCCCAAAUCCCACUCUCCUAAAAACCGAUUUUGUGACGGCCAAAUGCCACUUCAAAAAUUUGGAAGUUGAAGGGUUGAUUGUUUUAUCGGACAGUUUCAACGGGAAAAAUUUCAAGUCAAUGUUGAGCGAUGUGGUGUACUCUAGUGAAGAGGAACCCUUUAUUGAAGGCUUAAAAACCUUCCCUGAGGGUUUAACCGUUCGCAAAAACUUAAUAAUUAGCUCGAACAGUGUCACAAACGUAAACUUGGACAGUAUUGUUACAAAAAACACCGACCAGGUCCUAAAUUUGAGUGUCCUUGAUGGGAUUGUCACUUUUGGUAAUGUUGAAAUUGGAGGUUUUUACGAUUCUGUCAAUAUCACGAAACUGGAUGAGGACUUGGUCAAGUUAGACGGGGAACAAUACAUUUCCUCAACUCUAAUUUUCGAGGAUGAAUUGACUGUUAAUAAACUUGAGGCUGAAAUUGUGCGCCGAAAAGACCGGUUUUUUGACGCACUUGAUGUUGAAAAUUGCGUCGUUGAGGGAGAUUUUGAGGGUAAAAUCCAAGGUUUUGAUUUGGAGGAAUUUAACCAAAAUCGGAUGAGUUUCACUGAAGACCAAACAGUGGAGGCUGACUUCGAAUUGGGUCAUUCUUUCGUCACUUCAAUUUCAGUCAAUAAAUUAAAUAACGUUGAUUGCAGCGAGUUUAGUUCAGAUUCGUUACAACUGAAGCUAGUUUCAAAAAUUGUCGCCGGAAAGGUGGACAUUACAAACUUGUCUACAAAAUCGCUUGAAGUUGAUAAAAUUGAUAACAAAUCAACUAUGAGUCUUGGCGGUGCCUUGGACAUCACGAAGCACAAUUUGACCAACCUGGUCUUCAAUGAUGAUGUUUCCUUUGAAACCGUCGAAAUUGAGAAAUUUGGUGGUGUUGAUUUCACUACAUUUGUUACAAAUAUAGUUUACAAGAACGAAACACAUGUGACUUUUUCGGGCGCUAAAACAUUCCCUGAAGGUUUCACAGUUCACAAAUUGAUAGAAACUCAAAAAAUUAACAACGUGGUUUUGCCCAACAUUUUAAGAAAUUAUGGAGUUCAGGAAAUUGCAGGCCCACUUACUGUAGAGGGAAACGUCCAGUUUGGUGAAAAUCUCACUGUUGGAACCCUCAACGAUGUUUCAGUUCAAGCAAUAACAGAUUCGUUUCAAGUCAACGAUAGUCAAAUUCGCAUCAAAGGAGACGUUCUUUUCGCCCGCUUGCCCCACAUCCACAACCUCCACAUCAAUUCGGCCCAGCAAUUUUUAGACGGAAUGAUUUACACCGACGACAAUUUCAGACUACAAGGGCGGACCACUUUCAAAAACCUGGCAAAUUUUGAGAAAAAUAUCCGAGUGGUUGGAAAAAUCAACAACAUCGACCUUCCGUCAUUUGUGUCCGAUAUGGUAAUGAUCACGAAGGACGCUACCAUAAAGAGCACUGCCAGAUUCACUAAACCUACUUUCAUCGACCACAUGAUCGUAAACAAUAAUCUCAAAACGCACGACUUGAACAAUGUUAAUCUCACUUCUUGGGUGGUUGAUGCCAUCUUCGUAAAUCAAGGACUCAUGAAAGGCAAAUUCACGUUUGAAAACGUUACAAUUGUCGAUAAUCUACGAACCGAUUUUAUAAACGACGUAAACAUCGACACUUUAGUGCCGUUAAAGACCCAACAAAACCUAACACAAUUGUGCUUCAAGACAAUUAACUUAUUCGAAGACUUGCCUGUGGGCAACUCCACCAAUUUUCACAAUUUACCAAAAGAGUUCGAAAACACGGUCCUGCUUAACACGGUGCAAGAAAUUGACUCGGAUGUUGAAUUCGCUGGUAAUGUUUUCAUCGAAAACGACUUGCAAUUAACGGGUUUGCUCAACGAAAUGGAAAUCGAGCGUAUUGUCACAACAAACACGGACCAGGAAUUGACCGGAGUUUAUCAUUUUAAAUCAAAAGUCAAUAUCGGGGACGAUUUAAUCGUUGAAGGUCUAGUUAAUGGGAUUAACGUCACGGAGUGGGACUCAGAAGGGGUUAAAAUAUCAGCACCGUACACCCAAAAUAUCACCGAGAACUGGGUCAUCGAGCAAGAUUUGGUGUUGGAAGAAACGACCGGUUCUGGAACAAUAAACGGCCUCAACUUUGCCAAGUUCAGUCGCGAGAUUGCGGAAAAACGCAGCUACAAAUACGCAAUGGAAAAGGCGCUCGUUGACGAUUACACCAACAUUUGCAAAGACUUGACUUACAUGCGUGACCAGCUACAAAACCAAAUCUACAAGUUCAGUUAUUUGGAAAAUCUACAAAUGCUCAAUUUCCAAAACGAAAUCGAGCAAGUUUUUAGUUUUGAGGACCGAGACAGGGUCUUUUUGUUGAUAAGUGAGCGGAAAAAUUGCGAGUCAUAUUUAUUCACUUUUGGUGAUAAGUUCCGUUUUGUGCAAAGCCUCCACUUUGGUUUAGUUGCACAGAUUAUCCCAGUCCGUGUUAACAAUUUAUUGUAUUUAGUCGUACGUAACCAGGCUUUCUAUUCCACUUGUAAAGUUCAAGGGACCAAUCUUUGGCAAGUAAUCGACAAUCAUUUCGUGCAUGUUGCCAACAUCGAUGAGCAAGAGCUGUUGCAAGAGUCACUAGUCCCUGGAGUUUUUUACGGGAUUAGUGGCAACGAAGUCACCGAAUUUAAGGUUUUAACAGAGCUGGACACCGUGGUCAGGUACAGGAAGUGGCAAGUUGAUGAAGACAACUUGGCAUUCGUUCCUAGAGGCUUCGCCACCGGCUUGGCGUUGCGGACUGGGAGAAAAUUAAUUAGAUUGCAGCGUGAAGACCCCAUCGUUGAGGAUUUCAACUACGAGACUGAAAAAAUAAUUAGAGGUAACUGUACUGAAGAAUUCAAUCCGUUUUUCCCCGGUCGUAAAGGCAGUGAUCUUGUUGUAAUGAAAGUCGGGAUUAGAAGCAAUAAAAGGAGUUUACUGGCUGUUGCUAGUCACGAGGAGACCAGUGUUAGGGGCAGUUUAGACUUUAUUAAGAUUUACGAAGAUGUGUUCGAAGGAAAAAUGUUUCAUAAAGUCGCGACUUACAAACCGUCGUCCCUACAAUCACUCGAGUUUAAAAACGGCGAAACGUUCCUAGUGUUCUUGGAAGAUCAAAGCGUUUUACAGGUGUACGAAUAUAAGGGAAUCGAAGGUUUCAAACAUAAAUUGUCCUCCAAAAUCCAAGGAACGGAACUAAUCACAAUUGGAGUGUCGGAACGCAAACUAAUAGGGGUCGUGGAUAAGAAUAAACUAAGUUUUAUGGAAGCUAUAAUGUUGGGAAACCAACUGGAGGAGAAUUUACAAUGUACUUUGUAAUCUUUAUUAAUAAAAUUUAUUGUUGGCAA